AUGCCGACGCAGCCGCCAAUCCAGCAUGUUCCUCAAGGGUCAGUGUUCUCGUUCGCACGUAAAGAAGAGCCCACCGAAGAGGAGAUUCAAGAAAAGCCGUGGAAGUACAUCGGCUACAAAGGCUACACUAAUUUCAUCUCCUCGGAUGAUGACUUCUUCGUACUUCGCAGAUUCGACUCACUGAAUGUUCGCGCAGCGUUGGCACUUCAGGAUGAGUUGUCGUGGCUUGAGGAAGAGCUAGGAGUUCUAGACAAUGAACUCAGUGCAAAAGCCGCGGAUGAUUUCAAUAACGGCACGCUGAGACAAGAUGUCUUCGUCUCAGCCGUUAUCAUCGCCAUCGGAGUUCUGAUGCUCAUCACGCCCAUAUGGAUCCUCCAGGCCUUGACGGAUCUCAAGGCUAAACUCGCAGUCAUCACGGUCUUCAUCUUCGUCUUCCUUCUCGUUCUUUCCCUAGCCAUGGUGGCUAAACCUUUCGAAGCACUAGGUGCAACUGCAGCAUAUGCGGCGGUACUGAUGGUUUUCCUCCAAAUACAGUCAGGAGACUCUUGA